AUGACCCCAGAGGGUGCUAUGGCUAACCUCAAAGCGGCUAUGAGUGUUUGCGUCGUAGCCCCAACUCCAUAUCCUGGCGUUCGGAAUAUCUUGAGGAAGAAAAUCAGCAAGCCAGUUCUUGCCAUUUGCCGCUGUCCAUGUCGUAUCUCUAUGUCCAUUCAGGCCGUGGACGGCAACAAUGCUGUAUCACAGGCUAUUAGUAUUUCGGUGACGUCGUGA